AUGGGAACAGUCACAUCUAUUGAUGAACAAAAUCAACCAACUAAUGAAUCGAAAAUUAAACAUCAACGUUGUAGAAGAACAUUCACGUAUUAUCAAAUAGUUGAAUCAGAAAAAGCAUUUUCUUAUUGCAAGUAUCCCACAAAGCGUGAACGUUGUGAACUUGCUCGUAGAUCUGGUUUAAAUGAACGACAAGUUAGAUUUCGUUUAUUUAGAUUUGGUUUCUCAAUCGAUAUUCGACAGAAAUGGUUAAAAGAUAACAUAAUAGGAUAUUUUAAUGCAAAUCCAAUAAAUCCCAAUCGUUAUUAUCCGCAAGAUGCUGCAUGA